CUGAGGAUGUCGAAAUCCCAGUUUCCGAGCCAACAAUGAUGCAUGAUUUUGCUAUCACUGAGAAGUUUGUGAUUGUGCCUGAUCAGCAAGUGGUGUUCAAGAUGUCGGAAAUGAUAAGGGGCGGCUCGCCCGUCGUCUAUGACAAGCAAAAAAUAUCGAGGUUUGGAGUAUUGGACAAGUACUCGAAAGAUGCUUCUGGUAUGAAGUGGAUUGAGGUGCCUGAUUGUUUUUGCUUUCACCUCUGGAAUGCAUGGGAAGAGCCAGAAACUGAUGAAAUUGUAGUCAUUGGUUCGUGUAUGACUCCACCAGACUCGAUUUUCAACGAAUGUGACGAGGAAUUAAAGAGUGUUUUAUCCGAAAUUCGGCUAAAUUUAAAGACUGGAAAUUCUACUAGGAGGCCUAUCAUGUCUGAGAAGGAUCAAGUGAAUUUAGAGGCAGGAAUGGUUAAUCGGAACAAGCUCGGCAGAAAAACCCGCUACGCAUAUCUUGCCAUUGCAGAGCCAUGGCCUAAAGUUUCUGGUUUUGCUAAAGUUGAUAUUUUCACUGGUGAAGUGAACAAGUAUUUUUACGGCGAUGAAAAAUAUGGUGGCGAGCCUUUUUUCCUCCCUCGAGAUCCUAAUUGUGAAGCAGAAGACGACGGAUACAUUCUAGCCUUCGUGCACGACGAAAAGGCGUGGAAAUCAGAGCUACAAAUUGUUAAUGCCAUGACUAUGAAAUUGGUGGCCACAGUCAAGCUCCCAUCAAGAGUUCCUUAUGGUUUCCAUGGCACAUUCAUAAGCGCUAACGACCUAGCAAAUCAAGCCUAAUCUAUGGCGUAUCAAGCUUGUAUUUUUUGAUUUUCUCAGGAGAGAUUUACCAGAGGGCUGGUUUGCAAUACAACCCCGGAAUCUCCUUCCUGUUUUAGAAGAACCCUCUUUCAUAUGGAUGGAGGUGCUAUAUACCUUUUUUUUUUUUUAACCUUUUUUCCAGUUUAUGUGAGAGGUUUUAGUGAACCUGCUUGUAGCUUUUGGAUAGAAAUGGAAGCUCAGCUGGCUUUUGCUUAUUCUUUCACAUAUUAUGUGAAUCAGAAAGUAUAUAUUUACAGGUCCUUGUUUAUACACCCUAUUUGUCCUC